AUGAUUCUAACGUUAUAUUUGGGCAAUAACCGGAGACGAUUGCCCUCUUUAACAUUUUUCCAGUCUCCAAAAGACGUUAUGGUUCAAUGCCCAAGUGCCCAAGAAUUAGAACAACUUCCAACAAUUAAAUUUACUUUUGGAGAAAAUGGAAAAUCGUUUGUAUUUGAACCGAAGGAUUAUAUUAUGCCUUUAGUUACUCCAAAAAUGUUCGGAAAAAACUUUAAAAUAUUUAAUUGGUGUCAUGUGUUAAUUCGCUCUAGGCCAGACCCUGCAAUGUUAGCAAGAAAUUUAUUACCCGAAAAUAACCAAAACCAAUGGAUUCUUGGACAGGCAUUUUAUAAUAAAGCUUGUGUGGCUUUUAAUUACAAAGACAGCACUGUAAGCUUGGCUGAAGCCUGGACACAAGAAAAAUGA